UCUUUGAUCAAAUUUCCUACUGAUUUCCUCUCGUUCAAACAUCCAUCUGAAAUUUCCCGUAUUCUCCCAAACUUUUCCAAAUUAACUCACCUGUUUAUUCAGAAUAACCAAGAUUAUGACAUGGACAUUUUCUCUCUCAUCAACUUUUGCCCCAAUCUGAUUGCUUUUGAAUUUUCCACUAACAAAGUUAUGAGGCUGGGUAAUGGCACAACAGUAAUUUCGGCUUUAUCACAACUGCACCAAAAUUUGAACACCAAGGGGUCUCUUUUGCGAGUUUUAGAUCUGUGUUUCCCCAGAAUGACAGCAGAUUAUUUCGAGUAUUUUACAAUUGGAUUAUCGGCCUAUCGUAAUUUACAAACAUUUAACCUUCAUUUGACAAACCAGAGUAUCUACGACUGGAUCCAGUGUAAUAAUUUGGAUACACUUUUACAAUGUGCUAGUAUAUUGCGGCCUAUCGAUAACCUCGAUAUUCAACUGUCGAUCAACAAAGAAAUUACAAAUGAGACUCCUCCUGCACUCACCAGAGACUCAAGGUCUGCGUUUCUAGAGAAAUACUGGGCAUUUAUCAACUGUAUUAAGGGCGAUCAAUGGUUAGACUGUCUUACUAGCCUAAGUCCCAAACGUAUCCCUUAUCAACAAAUAGAUCACAGCGUCACUGGCGAAAAUAGUCGAAUGCAUGUAUCAAGCAUUGAACAUCAAUACUGGGAUUAUUUAAGUGAUCAAAAAGACUUUACUGUUACGGGCGUGUCUGGUGAAGGAGCUAGAACUAUUGAUUGUUUGGAUUUUAAUAAUGUACCGAUAUCCGAAGCGGUGGAUGUUUUAAAUUUUGCUUUGGUUCAAUGUCCUCGACUUGCACAAUUGUCAAUUGUGACAGAACUCAAUAGUAUAUCUUUCUCAAUCGUUGAUGUGGAUUGUUACGCCAAGGAUAUCGGUGUACGUUCUGCGGCUGUAGGAGAUAAAAUAAUCAACAAGGCGUCUGUUCGUAAUUGCUCGGCGGAACUUACGAAAGGUAUCAUGAAUGCCAUCAAUACUCAUUUACCCGGACUUCAAGAGAUCGAAAUCAUUGAUUUUCAUUCAAAAAGCUAUGGACAAGAGAUUGAUUUGUCUAGGGUGAGGUGUUUGAACAAUCUUAUAAUCAAUAAUACCACACCAUUCAUGGAUAAGGAUCAGAUUUGGUGUUUGGUAAUUGGCAUUGAUGAUGGUGUAAAUCACGUGCAAUACUAUACAAGCCAAAUUUUAAGGACUAACCCACGACUCAGUCAUGAACUGUUCAAAUUUGAGGUUUUAUCGGAACAACACUUAAAAAUGCUCUGUGAUGACAAUGUUUUGAAACAAGAGCUGAUGAUUAAAUGUCAAAAACUUGAAAAGAUAACUUUUAGAACAGAUCAAAAUGGGUGUGAAGUUUUAAAUUUUAGUUCCCCAUUAUAGUAAAUUAUAACGUAACUAAUUGUCAAUAAAGAACUGUCAUAUAAUGGUAUCUGUUAACUCCAUUUUUUUGUAGUGUGCCUUGAUAUCAAUAUAGACCGUUAAUUAUAGCCAAAAAUGCUUGAAAUAGAAACGAUGACAAAAUUAUGACUUUUCAUGGUAAA